AUGCACCCAGCAGGCAGCAGCUGUCCCCCGGAUGAGGAGCCCCUGCUCGCCGAGGAGCCCUCGGUGAACAGGUACGGCCAGCAGAAGCCGAGCGACCGCCUGCACGGGGCCUACAUCAUUUUUUUCCUCCUGGGCAUCGGGUCCCUGCUGCCCUGGAAUUUUUUCAUCACAGCAAAGCACUACUGGAUGUACAAGCUGCAGAACUGCUCGGAUCAGGCAGGCCCAGCAGGGCGGGCGGCGUCGGAUCUGCGGGACUUUUUUGAGAGCUACAUCUCCAUUGCUUCAACUGUGCCCUCUGUGCUGUGCCUGAUUGGAAACUUCUUGCUCGUCAACAGGGUGCCUGCCAGUGUCCGGAUCCUGUCCUCCCUCUUUGUCAUGCUGGCUGUCUUCCUGGUGAUCACAGUGCUGGUGAAGGUGGACACCUCCACCUGGACCACCCAGUUCUUCGCCCUCACCGUCGGCUGCGUGGCUGUGGUCAGCAGCGCCUCCACCAUCUUCACCAGCAGCAUCUUUGGGCUGAGCAGCUGCUUCCCCAUGAGGAACCUGCAGGCUCUGAUCUCAGGUCAGGCCAUGGGGGGCACGAUCAGCGCCAUCGCCUCCAUCAUUGACCUGGCGGCGGCGGCCGACGUCACGGACAGCGCCUUGGCCUACUUCCUCACGGCUGACAUCUUCAUCGUCGUCUGCAUCAUGGUCUACCUCCUCCUCCCCAGGCUGCACUACUCCAGGUACUACCUGAGCAGCCCGAAGGGGAGUCCCUCUCUGUCCGCCGUGCCACCCGACAGCUCCGCAGAGGACGAGGCGGAGCAGGGGGGCGCCAGGAGUGCCUCCUUCCUCCCGCGGAAGGUUGGCGCUCCCCCGCUGCGCCCCAUCCUGCAGAAGACUGCCCUCCUGGGCUUCUGCUGCUUCUAUGUCUUCUUCAUCUCCAUCAUCAUCUUCCCUUCUCUCUCCUCCAACAUCGAGUCGGUCAGCAAGGCCUCGGGAAGCCCCUGGAGCACCAAGUACUUUGUGCCUCUCACCAGCUUCCUCCUCUACAACUUUGCCGACUGGUGUGGGAGGCAGAUCACUGCCUGGAUCCAGUUCCCUGGCCCCAAGAGCAAGCUGCUGCCUGCCCUCGUCCUCCUCAGGACCAUCUUCCUCCCUCUCUUCAUCCUCAGCAACUACCAGCCCCGGGCUCACGUCCGGACGGUGGUCUUCAACCGAGACAUCUACCCAGUGGUCUUCACGGUGCUGUUGGGGCUGAGCAACGGCUACCUGGGGACCCUGGUCAUGAUCUAUGGCCCCAAGAUCGUGCCAAAAGAGCUGGCUGAGGCAGCAGGGGUGGUGAUGACAUUUUAUGUCGUGCUGGGGCUGGCUGUGGGCUCUGCCUUCUCGGUUCUUGUUGUCCACCUCGUGUAGAGGAGCAGCCAGGGGGGGGGGAUGCCCUCGGUUUGCAGCGCUGCUGUUGGGUAUUUGGUGGCUUGGGGGUUGGUUUAUGUUGUGACACCCUGUCUUUGGAGUGGGGGUUGCAUCCAGUGGGGAAAGCCCUCCUUCUGGGAAGGGGUGUCCUCUCUGCUUAGGAGGUCCCAUUGGACUUCUGCCACGCAGCAGCUCAACUGGAGCGAAGGGGCCCAAGCAGCUUCAUCCUCCCCAGGGAGCUCAGGGAAGCAAUGGGAGCACAGGGGAACCUAUCCCUCACCCCAGUGCCAGCGGGCAGGGGUGGCCUGCUGGUGCCACCAUGCUGGUUUUAAACUGAGCCCUGGGGCUUUUGGUGGCACCUUGGGGUUUACUGCCUUGUUCUUACAAGUCCAGCCCUGCAGUGCUGGUGGUUCCAUCAAGCUGCCAUAGUGGUGUUAGGGUAAAGGAGAUGUGAGCCCUGGACCACCUCCAAGCAAGCCUCUGGAGCAGGCAGCUGCCAUUCCAGGGGG